AUGGUACAUGUGGUUGUUGCUGAUGAUAAAAAUGACAGAACGAAAAUAUUCACACAUAGUGGAGAGUUUAAAUUUGACAUAAAACUAGACAGACCAUUUGAUGUGGCUGUGUCACAGACUAGUAACCUGUAUAUAACACCACGGGAUGAUGGAUGUGUGAAAGUGUACUCCACCAGAGGUCAGCAGGUGACAACCAUGGGUCGUGGUACACUUGAGGGUCCACGCGGUAUCACACUGAACAACCAAGGUCAUGUAAUGGUUUGUGACAGUAGAAAGAAGUCCAUCUUCACAUUCCAUGCAGACAGCGAACAGCUCCUGAACACUAUUCCACUCAGCAUGUGUGAAAACCCCCGGUACAUCACAGUAAACGGUGUGAAUGAUAACAUUGUGAUAUCAGACAAUUGCCAACACUGUGUACAUGUGUUGUCAACUACUGGUGAUCAGCUGUACCAAUAUGGCACAGAAGGAAGUGGUUAUGGUGAGCUGAAUGGACCAUGUGGAGUGUGUACAGACAGCUAUGGCCACAUUUUUAUUGCUGACUGUAAUAACGACAGGGUAGUGGCAUUGAGUCCCCGGGGACAGUUUAUCAGAUACAUUGCCACUGAGGAUGAUGGGUUAGAGAGUCCAAGAGCAUUAGCCAUCAGCCCUGCUGGCAUGCUGAUGGUAGCAGAGGCAGACGGCAAAGUUAAGAAAUGUCAGUACUUACAAUAACAACUGAUCACUUUAACACUGAUGAAAAUAUAUCACAAAAGUGAUGUUUAUAGAAACCUUAUAUUACCACUGAUAAUGAUCGAUAAUGAAGAGAGGUUGUAGGAACCAGAAUGUGGGGUGGACAGCUGUGAUAGCAGACUGAAAGACUAUGUAUUUAUAUAUGAUACCUAGAAGAUAAUUUUCCCAUUUUUGAUAAAGUAAAUAUUUUCUUAUGAAAGGAAAACAGUUCAGUUAAGUUUGCUCAAGCUCUAGGCCUACCUGUACAGGAGACCUGUUGAUACGUAACAUACAAAACCGGAUGAGCAGGGUUCCUAAUGUCAUGUUGAACAUUGCAAUUAUAAAAUUCACCGUGCCAGAAAGUACAGUAAUUCAGCACCAUUGAACCAGUAUGGAUCGAGUACACUAUAAAAUAUUGUGGUGUGCUCGCAAAUAUUAUAUGCAUAUAAAUUUAUAU